CUCGGAUUAAAUUGGCCGCCCCGGAGUCGACCGGGAGCAGGGGGAGGAGGUGGCGGCGGCGGGAAGCAGCGGCAGGCGGGCGGGCAGCGGCGAAGGCUGCUGCUGGGACCGGGGGAGCCAGCAUGACCAGGCUCUGAAAAUACUUCAUCUGAAAUUUCAGACUGGACAGACUCGCAGUGGCUUCUAAGCCAGUGAGAACAAGGCUGCCAAAGCAUGCUGGUGCCAAGCUGUCGGAUGAUGCACGUAGUCAGGCCAAUGGUGGUGCUCCUGUGCUUGCUGCUCUAUGCUGAUGCUGAAACACCACCAAAGUUUACAAGAACUCCCGUUGACCAGACAGGAGUUUCAGGAGGAGUCGCCUCAUUCAUCUGUCAAGCCACAGGAGAUCCAAGACCUAAAAUUGUCUGGAACAAAAAAGGAAAGAAAGUCAGCAAUCAGAGAUUUGAGGUAAUAGAGUUUGAUGAUGGAUCUGGGUCAGUUCUCAGAAUACAGCCACUGCGCACACCACGAGAUGAAGCUAUUUAUGAGUGUGUGGCUUCCAACAGUGUUGGUGAAAUAAGUGUGUCCACGAGACUCACUGUUCUACGUGAGGAUCAAAUUCCUCGAGGUUUUCCAACGAUUGAUAUGGGCCCACAGCUGAAGGUGGUUGAACGAACUCGUACAGCUACCAUGUUAUGUGCAGCCAGUGGCAAUCCUGAUCCUGAAAUAACUUGGUUCAAAGAUUUCUUACCUGUUGACACAAGCAACAACAAUGGCCGCAUCAAGCAGCUACGCUCAGGUGCCCUCCAAAUUGAACUGAGUGAAGAAUCUGACCAAGGCAAAUAUGAGUGUGUUGCAACCAACAGUGCGGGUACACGCUAUUCUGCCCCUGCCAAUCUAUAUGUCAGAGUGCGACGGGUCCCACCGAGGUUCUCUAUCCCCCCCACAAAUCACGAGAUCAUGCCUGGCGGGAGUGUAAAUAUCACCUGUGUUGCGGUGGGAUCACCAAUGCCAUAUGUGAAAUGGAUGCUAGGAGCAGAAGAUUUGACACCUGAGGAUGAUAUGCCAAUAGGGAGAAACGUCCUUGAGCUUAACGAUGUCAGACAGUCUGCAAACUAUACUUGCGUUGCUAUGUCUACUCUUGGUGUUAUAGAAGCAAUAGCGCAGAUAACUGUCAAAGCCUUACCCAAACCUCCUGGAACACCUGUGGUGACAGAAAGCACAGCAACUAGCAUAACAUUGACUUGGGAUUCUGGAAACCCUGAGCCAGUUUCUUACUACAUAAUCCAACACAAACCCAAAAACUCCGAGGAGCCAUAUAAAGAGAUUGAUGGGGUGGCCACAACACGUUAUAGCGUGGCUGGCCUAAGCCCAUAUUCAGAGUAUGAAUUUCGAGUGGUUGCUGUAAAUAACAUUGGGCGAGGGCCACCCAGCGAGCCCGUGUCGACAAGGACGUCGGAACAGGCACCCUCGAGCGCACCACGCAACGUCCAGGCCCGUAUGCUGAGCUCCACCACCAUUCUGGUGCAGUGGGAGGAGCCCGAGGAGCCCAACGGGCAGAUACAGGGUUACAGAGUGUACUACACCAUGGACCCCACCCAACACGUCAACAGCUGGAUGAAGCACAACGUGGCUGACAGCCAUAUCACCACUAUUGGGAAUCUUGUACCCCAGAAAACGUACUCUGUGAAGGUUCUUGCAUUUACUUCCGUUGGGGACGGACCACUUUCCAGUGACAUUCAAGUCAUCACUCAAACAGGAGUGCCUGGUCAACCAUUGAACUUCAAAGCAGAACCUGAGUCUGAAACAAGCAUCCUGCUUUCCUGGACACCUCCACGGUCUGAUACCAUUUCCAGCUAUGAACUGGUUUACAAAGAUGGGGAGCACGGGGAGGAGGCAAGUGGCAAUCAACGGGUUUCCACUGAACCUACCACAUCCUAUCGCCUGCAAGGCUUGAGGCCAAACAGCCUGUACUUGUUCCGCCUAGCUGCACGGUCUCCUCAAGGGCUGGGGGCUUCAACAGCAGAAAUCUCAGCCAGAACCAUGCAGUCAAAGCCAUCAGCUCCUCCUCAAGACAUUAGUUGCACAAGUCCCAGCUCCACUAGCAUUUUGGUAAGUUGGAAACCUCCACCGGUGGAAAAACAGAAUGGCAUUAUCACUGCAUACUCCAUCAAGUACAUUGGGAUUGAUGGAGAAGAUGUCAAGCCCCAUGAAAUUUUGGGAAUUUCCUCGGACAGUACCCAGUACCUUUUGGAACAGCUGGAAAAAUGGACUGAGUACCGGAUCUCUGUGACUGCUCACACUGAUGUUGGACCUGGCCCAGAGAGCUUAGCAGUAUUGAUUCGGACAGAUGAAGAUGUUCCUAGUGGUCCUCCUCGCAAAGUCGAGGUGGAGGCUGUCAACUCCACUGCUGUUAAAGUGUCGUGGCGCUCGCCUGUGCCCAACAAGCAGCACGGUCAGAUACGGGGGUACCAGGUGCACUACGUGAGGAUGGAGAACGGGGAGCCAAAGGGGCAGCCCAUGCUCAAGGACAUCAUGCUGGCGGAUGCACAGGAAAUGAUAAUUUCUGGGCUUCAGCCUGAAACCACGUACUCUUUCACUGUGACAGCCUAUACAACCAAAGGUGAUGGAGCACGCAGCAAACCCAAACUUGUAUCUACUACUGGUGCAGUUCCAGGCAAACCUCGGCUUGUGAUUAGCCACACACAGAUGAACACGGCUCUAAUUCAGUGGCAUCCUCCUGUGGAAACUUUUGGCCCGCUGCUGGGUUAUCGCCUGAAGUUUGGUCGCAAAGACAUGGAUACAUUAACAACCAUGGAGUUCUCAGAGAAGGAAGACCACUUCACGGCCACAGACAUUCACAAAGGAGCUUCUUAUGUCUUCAGGCUCUCAGCUAGAAAUAAAGUGGGCUUUGGGGAGGAGAUGGUUAAAGAGAUUUCUGUUCCUGAAGAGGUACCCAGUGGAUUUCCCCAAAAUCUCCACUCAGAAAGCUCUACUUCUACAUCAGUUCAAUUAACUUGGCAGAUGCCUCUCUUGGCAGAAAGAAAUGGCAUUAUCACCAAAUACACCAUCUUGUACAGAGAUAUCAAUGUUGCUUACCAGCCAGUUGAACUCCCUGUUGUUCCUGCUGAUACCACUAUGACUCUUUCUGGCUUAAAACCAGAUACCACUUAUGAUGUAAAAGUACGUGCCCACACAAGCAAAGGGCCUGGUCCAUAUAGUCCAAGUGUCCAGUUCAGGACACUACCCGUGGAUCAAGUGUUUGCAAAAAAUUUUCAUGUUAAAGCAGUAAUGAAGACUUCUGUUUUGCUGUCCUGGGAAAUUCCAGAAAACUACAAUUCAGCUUUGCCUUUCAAAAUCCUUUAUGAUGAUGGGAAAAUGGAGGUUGAUGGACGUGCUACUCAAAAGCUGAUCACAAACUUGAAGCCAGAAACAUCAUAUUCAUUUGUUCUGACAAACAGAGGGAAUAGUGCUGGGGGUCUUCAGCACAGAGUAACAGCAAAGACUGCACCAGACGUGCUUCGCACAAAGCCAGUCUUCAUCGGAAAGACCAACUUAGAUGGCAUGAUAACUGUGGAACUUCCAGAAGUACCCUCAAAUGAGAAUAUAAAAGGCUAUUACAUAGUUAUUGUGCCUUUGAAGAGGUCUCGUGGAAAAUUUAUCAAACCAUGGGAGAGUCCAGAUGAAAUGGAACUAGAUGAGCUGCUUAAGGAGAUAGCUAGGAAACGCAGAAGCAUUCGUCUUGGGAGGGAAGUUGAAUUAAAGCCAUAUAUUGCAGCUCACUUUGAAGUUCUUCCUACGGAAUUCACAUUGGGGGAUAAGAAGCAUUAUGGUGGAUUUGAGAAUAAACAACUGCAGAGUGGUCAAGAAUACGUCUUCUUUGUGUUGGCUGUAAUGGAGCACUCAGAAUCUACCAUGUAUGCAACAAGCCCAUAUUCAGAUCCUGUUGUGUCAAUGGAUCUUGACCCCCAACCAAUUACAGAUGAGGAAGAAGGCUUGAUUUGGGUUGUUGGACCAGUUCUUGCAGUGGUGUUUAUCAUCUGUAUUGUUAUUGCUAUACUUCUUUAUAAAAGGAAGAGGGCUGAAUCUGAUUCUAGAAAGAGCAGCAUACCCAACAGCAAGGAGGUCCCCUCUCACCAUCCUACAGAUCCAGUGGAGCUGCGACGCCUUAACUUUCAAACUCCGGGUAUGGCCAGUCAUCCACCAAUACCUAUCUUGGAACUUGCAGAUCACAUUGAAAGAUUGAAAGCAAAUGACAAUCUGAAGUUCUCACAGGAGUAUGAGUCUAUUGAUCCUGGUCAGCAAUUCACGUGGGAACAUUCUAACCUGGAAGUAAACAAACCAAAGAAUAGAUAUGCGAAUGUAAUUGCAUACGACCAUUCUCGUGUUCUACUCUCAGCAAUAGAAGGCAUACCGGGCAGCGACUAUAUCAAUGCCAACUACAUAGAUGGAUACAGGAAGCAGAAUGCUUACAUAGCAACGCAGGGGGCAUUGCCAGAAACCUUUGGUGACUUCUGGAGGAUGAUGUGGGAACAGCAAGGCGCAACUGUCGUCAUGAUGACGAAAUUAGAGGAGAGGUCCAGGGUGAAGUGUGAUCAAUACUGGCCAAGCAGAGGCACAGAAACUUACGGACUAAUCCAAGUGACCCUUGUAGACACUGUUGAAUUGGCAACUUACUGUGUUCGUACAUUUGCACUUUACAAGAAUGGCUCAAGUGAGAAAAGGGAAGUGAGGCAAUUCCAGUUCACUGCCUGGCCUGACCAUGGUGUCCCAGAACACCCAACGCCGUUCUUAGCUUUCCUGCGACGAGUCAAGACUUGCAACCCACCUGAUGCUGGACCCAUGGUUGUGCAUUGCAGUGCUGGAGUCGGCAGGACUGGCUGUUUCAUUGUGAUAGAUGCCAUGUUAGAGAGAAUAAAGCAUGAAAAGACUGUAGAUAUUUAUGGCCACGUAACUCUAAUGAGAGCACAGAGGAAUUACAUGGUUCAAACUGAGGACCAAUACAUCUUUAUCCAUGAUGCACUGCUGGAAGCAGUGACAUGUGGAAAUACCGAAGUGCCAGCCAGAAACCUGUAUGCAUAUAUCCAGAAGCUGACACAGAUAGAAACAGGCGAGAAUGUCACAGGAAUGGAACUGGAAUUUAAGCGUCUUGCUAGCUCUAAGGCUCACACUUCGAGAUUUAUCAGUGCCAAUCUUCCAUGUAAUAAAUUCAAAAAUCGCCUUGUCAAUAUUAUGCCAUAUGAAUCCACAAGGGUAUGCUUGCAGCCCAUCCGAGGAGUAGAAGGCUCUGAUUACAUUAAUGCCAGUUUCAUUGAUGGAUACAGACAUCAAAAAGCUUACAUAGCUACACAGGGUCCUUUAGCAGAAACAACUGAAGACUUCUGGAGAAUGCUCUGGGAGCAUAAUUCUACAAUUGUGGUCAUGCUCACUAAGCUACGAGAAAUGGGCAGAGAAAAAUGCCACCAGUACUGGCCUGCAGAGCGUUCAGCCAGAUAUCAGUAUUUUGUGGUAGAUCCAAUGGCAGAGUACAACAUGCCACAGUAUAUUCUGAGGGAAUUCAAGGUUACAGAUGCAAGGGACGGUCAGUCCCGAACAGUGAGGCAGUUCCAGUUCACUGACUGGCCAGAACAAGGAGUGCCAAAGUCUGGAGAAGGAUUUAUUGACUUCAUAGGCCAAGUGCAUAAAACAAAAGAGCAAUUUGGUCAGGAUGGACCAAUUUCUGUUCAUUGCAGUGCGGGUGUUGGAAGGACCGGAGUAUUCAUAACCCUGAGCAUUGUGUUGGAAAGAAUGAGAUAUGAAGGCGUUGUAGACAUCUUCCAGACUGUCAAAAUGUUAAGGACACAGCGGCCAGCCAUGGUACAGACAGAGGAUCAAUACCAGUUCUGCUAUCGAGCCGCACUGGAGUAUCUGGGCAGCUUUGAUCACUAUGCAACAUAAAAAACCCAUUGUGGAUUUUUAUUGCAGGCCCUUUAAGAUCCAGAGAGCCGCUUCUGAGCCAUACGAUGUGCUUUAGAAGUACUUCUUAACUCUUAGCUAAGGAGCAAUUAUUGGGGAUAUAUAAAAUAAAAAAUAAUAAAAAAAAAUAAACAAAUGAACAAAAGUAUUGGGGAUAUAUAAAACAAAAGAACAACGAAAAAACCCCACCCAACAAGAAGUAUUCCAUGUGGACCAAGAAUUCACAGUUUAAUAACCUAACCAUAAUAAAAGAAUCCUGACCACUGAGGCGUCUGAAGGAUAUAAUUUACAGAUACCUCAAGGGUUCGACGUUGGUUGAAGUUAAAGGGAAGAGGAAAUUAAUCAGAAAGAGCGAUCAUCUUAUUCAGGAUUACAUGCUUUUGCAAAGAGGAGUUUUGAGAACUGCAUUUCAGUGCAAGACAUUUGUUGCAAGGUUGGGUUCUGGCUUCUCAAACAAAGCGGACUCUUUACUUCAACAUCACCCUUCCCCGUCAUACUGCUCAUCAUAACACUUUAGGGAAAAUGUGGGAAUGGUUGAAAAGAAAGUCCUUGAUUUAGUUUUUUAGUAUUGUAAAGAUACUGCUGACCUGUGCUUCAUUUUUAACUGUGUAAACUUUUUCCUUUUUUUAACAAGAGUUUAUCAUUCAAUGAAGUGAAUUAAAGAAAAGGUUGCAUAAUUGUUAAUAUUUUUGUUUAAAAAUGUAGAUUUUUUUUAAGCUGUAGAACUGUUAUCUGUAAUAUUGUGCUGUAGAAAUAUUAGAUACUUGGAAAAUUUGCACAUUUUUGUGCAUUCCUACAGUACCACAGUCUUGUUAGAUAUUAAUUUUGUAGUUUUAUUUGGGUUUUUUCCAUUAAGAAAAUAUUCAUUGUUAUCAGUUAAAGCAAAAUGGGGCUUUUUGGUUUCUUUUGGAAUCAACAGGGAGGCGCAAAGUAUAAAGAUGCUGCUAGCACAUACACACACACGCACACAGGCACAUGCACACUCACACCCUUUCUCUUUUAUAUAUAUAUAUAUGUAUGUAUUACUGUCUACCCUUUUCUGACUCUGUAUAGUUGCAGACAAUACAGAUGGAUUCAAAUUCAGAUUCACACACAUGCACAUAAACAUAUCAAUCCCUACAUACCUGGAUUUAUCAAAGCAUUGGGAAUACUGCAAUUACAUCAAACUACAAUUUGAUUAUCUCUGCAUUUUUAAGGUCCAUAAAGUUCUUUUACAUAGGGAAGUGAGGAAUGCACAUCAUUGAUAUUUGAACGCCAUCUCUAUCCCAAAUAAUAUUUCUAUCCACGUUUUCACUUGAACACACACACAUGCACACAUACGGAGCACACACAUGCACACGCACACAGAGUAUGUGAUUUAGGCUUCAAGUGAAGUUCAAUAUUUGUAACACUAUAGUGCAAUAAGAAAUCAUAUUAUUAAAUGUAGGAGGUGUGCAUGUGGGAAAGGUCAGUGCAUAUCCCUUUAGGAGGGGAGAAUGUUGUAAUAUACUAGGUAUUAAGAUGUUUUAAAAUUGUAUUCAAUAGUAUACUGUCUAUAGUGUGCGCUAUAUAAUUUACAUUUAUUGUAUGUAACAGGGCAAAGCCAAACACACAUUGCUCUGUGAAAUCAAAUGUUUUGUGGCAUACAGCAUUGUUUGGGGAUGCUGGGGUUUAUUUUCAUUUUACAUUUAGAGUGCCUUAUAUUUGAUGCCUAUUUUGAAUAGUAUUUCUUUAAGUUAGCCUUCAUUUGUAUUUAGUUUAGUUUGUUUCUAUCUCUGUUGUUCUUUCCAAACACUUUAAUACAUGUACCAAACAAUUUUGAAAAAUAUGCAUUUCCAGUUUCUAAUCAAGUAUGGAUGGUAAUAAAUGAUAACCCAAAACAUAUAGGUAGUCAAGGCCCUUUAUCUUUCCAUAUUUCUAAUAACAGAAUAGCCCACAAAUUGGAAAUCUAUUUCUGAUUGGCUUUUCAAACCCACUUUGUCACUGGUUAUAGUGUUAUCUGUCAUUGCCGAGAUGUAGCAGCACAGUAGUAGUAGUUGACAUCAGCAGUGCUUAUGCAUCUUCUUUUUUUUUCCUUUUUUCUUCUUUUUUUUUUUUCCUUUUUUUUUUUUUUUUCUUUUUUUUUCUUUUUUUUUUUUUUUUUCCUUCAAAUUUAUUUUGGUCCAAAUCCUGCUCAUUCACUUGUGUCAAAAGAGUGCUAAAGUCUUGCUUUCAGUGGGAAGGUUCAUGUAAGGCUAGCAAGACUGAGCCAACAUGACAUAUUGGAGAUUGACAGAUUUUAUUCCAGGAAAAAGGAAAAUUCUCUAAACAGCACAAAGUACUUUUUGAGACUCUAGAAUGCCAUUUACAUUGACCUUGGUCACCAUGUGUUCUGCCAUUGUCAGUACAUCAGCAUCAAAAAACGCUUUCGUAGGGGUUUCAAAUAGGAGCAUUGCUGUGGUUUCUCAAUGUGGCUUCAACAUUUUUUGUUCUUCUUCCAAUUUUCCCACUCCUAUGAGAACUAAAAAUAAGACCAAACUCCAGCAAUUGUAUUUGAGCACUUUUGUAAUGAAAAAAAAAACCCAAACCAAAAAAAUCAUAACAGAAAAAUGAAUAUAUAUAUAUAUAUAUAUAUAUAUAUAUAUGGAAUAGAAGUAUUAUAGAAGGCUACCUCAGAAUGAGAUUCUAUAACUUACACCUGAACCAGAGAAGAAUGUGCACUAUGCUUCUUUCUCUUCUUCUUUCUUGACUUAUACAUUGAAAUAAUUAUUGAAGUGCCAGGUUAUGUAGUGUGGUUACGUUCUUCAACUCAAAUACAGGAAAUCAGAAAUAUAAAACAAAGUGUCGUUUUGAAAACAUAGACUAAGGAAGGUUCCUGCACACUGGAUCUCUACAAAGAUCUGUGCAUUUUCCCUAGUAGACUGUCUUGCAAGCUCCAAAGAAAAUAAGGGAGUAAAAGAAAUACAAGAUAGCAGAGCCAAUUUGUGAGAAAAACUGUUGUACAACUAAAUACUCCUUUCAGGUUUUGUGUUUCUUACAAUAGCUCUUAGCAUCAUUGAUGUGCAUUCCACUUUCUGUAUUAUAAUAUAUGCAUUAUACAGUUAAUUUAAAUUGUGAGCAUCUUUGUCUACAUACAUCAUACAUUUCCAAGCUUAAAAUUGGUUUCAUCAGCAUAACCAGUACGGUGCUAUUAUUUACAUUUGUAUGUGUAGUUAUGUCUAAUUUUGUAAUUAGUUGCAAUGGGAAAAAACCACAAAAUAUAUAAAAAUGAUUUAUACAGAAGUUUAAUUUAGCUCUUUUUUAAAAGGUUAUUUGAGUGGUUAGAUAGCGGAGAAGUGGUUAGAUAGCGGCCGGGGGAAGGAGUGACCCUCUAAGGAGAUUUGCACUUUCUAUAUAUACCUUUGUACUAUGCACUGCCCUAUUGAUUCUACACCCAAUAAUAACUUGAACCCAUCUGUAAGAAAUUGCUUACAAAAUCCACUUGUAUGUAUUAAAAAGACACAGAACAUGUAAAAAGGAAAAAAAAAAGCAACUGCUUUUUUUUCCUUUUAUUCUUUCCCAUUUUUCUUUAUGUUUCUUUUUUUCUUUUUUCUUUUUUCUUUUUUUUUUUUUUCCUUGGUGCCCUGAUACUCCACAGAUAUCAGAAGGCUGCAGGUCUCAUUAUAACCAUCCGUUAUGUGGCUUUGCCAUUCAAGCUUGGAGUGUCUUUACAAAGAUAAUAAAAACUUGUGUUCUUUGCUCUUGUUUUGGAUGCAUAGACUGAAAAACUUUAAAAAAUUACCUUGUAAAAUGGCUUGUUAAAAAAGAUACAAUUACCUCUAAUUAGUAGUACGCGUAAAUGUUUUACAGAAUGAAAGGCGUGCUUUUUAUUUUCUUACUUCGUUACAUUGGUGGCAAAAGAAAGUCUGUAUGAAAAUCAGUUCUUUGCUGACACAAGUUCCAUUUGUUACAGAUGAAUUCUAAUAAAAUGUCAGUGUUAUGCAGCCCUGGUCUUCUUUCUUAAGCAGUACUUUUGAAAUCAAAACUUGUUUGGUCCCUCUUGGUGAUAAAGGAGUUUAAUUGGAACUACAAAGCAGUCAUUAAUCUUCCUAAUUAGCUGCUGGACAGUGGAAAAUACAUUCUUAGGUUAGCAAAUAUAUAUCAUCUUCAGCAGCAAGCUUUGAGACAGCAUAUGCAAACCCUUUGGCAGAAAUUCUCAUAGCUUCAUGAGCUUAAUUGAAAUUAUCACACUUUACAUGCCUCUGGAGUUCCUCUUUGUGCUUUAGAAAUGUAUCACUACACUGAGAAAAUAGAUUUCACUCCAUUCAUAGAUGCAACUCAAAGAGGGCAAAAUGUCCACACAUUUGAGGUGAAUUGUGAAUUUUUAAUUCCCGCAGAUUUGGCAGCUUCUGGGGUAAAUCCAAAGUCAGUUGUCAGAAUUCAGUUACUGAAAUUGUGGCAAGCUGUCGUGACUUUUGACUGAUUUCUUUUAUGCAGUGUAUAUGCACUGAGUGCAAAUGUGAGUCUGUGAGGUUACUACCCAGUUACUGUGGUAGAGUUUUUGAACACACUGGAGAAGUUUUAGGUGAAUAAGCACACCAGGUGUAUUGAGGCAAGCUACAAGGGGCAUGGCAUGGCAAUCUACUCAUAGAAAACAAGUCUUACUCUGUCUGCUUGUUUUGAAAGAAGGCAGGUUCUGUCUCCAAGAUUACUUUGUAAGGGAAUACAAGUCUAUUAGCAAUUAGUAUUAAGUAUAUGUUAAUAAAGCAUUCUCUGUGCUGGAAGGAUGUGCAAGACAUUUAACAUUAGGGUGAUUUCUAAGAACGUGUAUUGUUCUUGGCCUAAUUUCCACUUUAAGACGGUGAUAAUAAUGUAAAUGUGAAGCCUUGGUAUCCUUACAGAGGCCUAUUAAUGUUUUUCCACUGACUUCUGUGGAUUUUACAAUUACUGCAUUGCAGGCUGCCUUUGACUUGAACCUUUUUUGCGUAGUCUGUGCAAGGUGGUUUAGAGCUGUGUUAUGUAAGGGUUUCUUUAACUAUCUGAGUGGCUUUAGAUGGUACCCUUUAAUGUCAGCAUUGACUUCUUUGGAUUUUCCUGUUCUGUGCGUCUAGCAUGGACCAUAAUAA